GGCCGGUGCUUGCGUUCCCGCCCUGUCUAUGCGCCCAGCCAUGCACAAACUCUUCCUGGCACUGGUCCUCGGGGUGCUGUGGUCUGAGAUGAGGCUGGAGAGCGAAGCCAGGACGCCUCCCUACGGCGUGAAGCUGUGCGGGCGGGAGUUCAUCCGCGCCGUCAUUUUCACUUGCGGAGGGUCCCGAUGGAGACGGGCAGGAGAUCUCGGUGCCCUCCCGGGAGGCGAUUCCACAGAAGCCUUCGUCGCAACAUCUUCUUCCAGCGAAUGGGACUCAAUCCGUGUCCCCCCAAAGGACCCUUCUGAUUAUUUUGGGAGCUGGAGGGGCCACAGUCCCUCAGACGAGGCCUGGGCCUUGGACCGCGGUGCACGUGACGUGAUGGCCGGGCUCAGCAACGCCUGCUGUAAAUGGGGUUGCAGCAAGAGCGAAAUCAGCUCUCUGUGCUAG